AUGUCUACACAAAAAGCAGUCGUCCACAAGUCAGAGGGCGUAGCUGAGUUGCGGACUGAUGUGCCCCUUCCCAAGCUCCCGGGGGAUGAUUGGAUUCUCGUCAAAACCAAAGCCGUGGCUUUAAACCCGACUGACUGGAAAAACAUCGACAAAGCCACAGCGCCAGGCGCCAUCGCUGGUUGUGACUAUGCAGGUGUUGUCGAGGAAGUAGGUAAAGGUGUUACCAAGUUGAAAGUCGGUGACCGGGUCGCGGGUUUCGCUCGAGGAGGCGACCCGGCUGACCACUCCAACGGCACAUUCGCCGAGCACAUCAAGGCCAAAUCUGGUAUUCAACUCAGGAUUCCCGACAACAUCUCUUUCGAAUCUGCUGCGACCCUUGGCGUAGGCAUCUCCACUGUGGGGCAAGGCUUGUAUCAAGAACUCGCCUUGCCAUUCCCUCCAGAAAAGGUCAAAGAACCAACACCCAUUCUCAUCUAUGGGGCCUCAACUGCAACUGGUACCCUGGCUGUGCAGUAUGCCAAACUCACAGGCUGCGAAGUCUUUGCCACAGCAUCACCGCACAAUUUUGACCUUGUGCGUAAGCUCGGGGCUGACCAUGUGUUCGACUACAAGGACCCAGAGUGUGGCGACAAGAUUCGGAAAGCGACCAACGACAAGCUCAAGCUUGUGUUCGAUUGCAUCGCAGAGGGUAGCUCGCCCGAUAUCAUUGCCAAGGCCAUUAGCUCAUCGGGCGGCCAUGUGUCGACUCUCCUGCCUGUGAAGAGCUUCGGGAGGGAGGACGUGAAGCACAGUUUUACUUUUGCAUACACUUCCCUGGGUGAGAAAUACAAUGACCGAUUCCCGGCGAGCCAAGAGGACUACGAGUUUGGCAAGAAAUUCUGGGCUCAAGCGGAAGAUCUCAUCAAUAGCGGUAAGAUCAAGACACAUCCCACCGAGGUUCGCAAGGGGCUGGAGGGCGUGCCACAAGGAUUGCAUGAUUUGAAGAAUGGGAAAGUGUCGGGUGUCAAGCUCGUGUACACGGUCGAGUGA